AUGGCUGUGUUUCACGACGAGGUGAAGAUGGAGGACUUCCAAUAUGACGAGGACUCCGAAACGUAUUUCUACCCCUGUCCGUGUGGGGAUAACUUUUCUAUCACCAAAGAUCAAUUUAUGUGUGGAGAAACAGUCCUGGCCCCUUCAUCCAACAAAGAAUUAGUUAAAUGCUGAAGAAACCUUCAGGAAUCCAUAUCCUG